AUGAAUCACAUCAAACAGAUGCCUUCAACGUCUGCAUCGACAGCUGUGGCCGCUGUGUUCCAUGGGCUCGCUAAUGUGCUUCAUGCGGCGAUCAGUCCUCUGGCUUACUGGGCCAGCAUGGUGCUGGGCGUCUUCACCGUGGAUGCUCUAGAGUACGUCUUCCCCGUCACGAGGACGUGGUUCCCCGUGCUGCUGGAGCUGAUUGUGCUCAUGGUGGACCGGGCAUUUCAUGGCCGUUUGAGUACGAUGAUGCCACCUUGGACCUUUCUGGCCGUUGGGGUGUACUUCGGCUUGGGGAUGUUGCUGGUGGUCUUUGUGAACCUCUACGGUAUGGCAUUGACCCUGGACCUCCAGCCCAUCUCACAGGAAACCGGCCUCGUGUAUGUGAUGGUGCAGAAAGACGUCCCUUGUGGUCCAUACAAUAGCAACUGGUUUGUGUACCUCGUUCACACGUACCUCUACGUCGCCGGCUUCUUGCUGUUCCAGGCGCUGCUGCUGGGAUGA